CGCGGCGCCUCGAGAAAGCAUUGGGAACGCAUGCUGAGUGCGGGCAUCCGUAGCGUAUAUCUUCAGUCAGGUCCCUGUAUUUGUACCUGUUGUUUCUAAAGACUUGAGUCAUGAAUCACUGGGGAGUCUGUUUUCCAAUCUUCAUGGUCUUUCUUGCUGUGGGUUUAUCCAGCGAAGCAGAAUACUUUACUGCAGCCGUAUUUGAACACGCUCGGCAAUCCAACGCGACUACAGAUACCCCAGAAGAUAUAAUUUUCAAGAAUUUAGCAUUUUAUAAGAAAGCAGCGGAAGUAGCCAAACGAAAGGGAGCUGAUAUUAUAGUCUUUCCAGAAUACGGUAUUUUUCCUCCAGGUGGCAGAAAACACUUAAAGUCAUAUUUGGAAAUGAUUCCAGAUCCUACAGAGAGGAAGACCAAUCCAUGUAAUGAAAGGAAAGAAUAUGAAAACCGUCCUAUUCUUUACAGUUUGAGCUGCUUAGCUAAGCAGAAUGGAAUUGUAGUUGUAGCAAACAUGGGAGACAUUCAGCCUUGUGCAGGCCAAGAUAAUUGUCCUGAAGAUGAGAAUUUUCAUUUCAAUACAAACGUUGUCUUUGACAAAGACGGCACACUGCUUGUACGAUAUUACAAAGAAUUUCUAUUUUAUGACUUCGGCAUGAAUCUACCACAAAAACAGCAAGAUCCUGUGUUUAAGACAGAUUUUGGAACUUUUGCCACUUUCAUUUGUUUCGAUAUCGAAUAUGAAAAAAUGACAGAAGUAUCUAAAAGGGAAGACAUAGAUGCUAUUGUCUUCUCUGCCAUGUGGGGAAAUACUCCGCCUCAGAGAUCAUCUGUCCAACAGUGGGAAUCAUGGUCAUUAGGAAACAAUGCUACACUUCUUGCAUCCAAUAUACAGAUGCCAGGAUAUCUUGCAACGGGUAGUGGCAUCUUCUCGGGGACAUACGGCCCGCUUGCUUAUACUUUUGACCCAGACGGUAUAUCAAAAUUAGUUAUCGCCAAAGUACCGAAAAGAGGCAAUAGUUUUAAUUUUUCUUCACCAAAUGCUAGUAUUAUAAAAAUUACAAUGAAUGAUACUCAGGAAUCUUUUGAUGACGGAUCCAAUGUUCCCACUGAAUGCUCAAUGAAAAUUUUAGGUAAAUCAAAGGAUCUGUACAAGGAUAAUCGAUGCUUUGAAAUGAAUAUGUCAAAUUAUUCUUUCGUCCAACUAGUAGAGGAUAGUGAUCAUGUUAAAGCGUGUCUUAAUGGCAUAUGUUGCUCCCUUAAUUAUUCUUCCAAUGGCAUGACGGAGAAUUUUUAUUUGAUAGUGUAUAAUGGAACAAUUGAUUACGCCAGUCGUUAUUCCUUUUGCGAGCAGACUUGCAUGUUGACACGAUGCGAAGCCCAUGGCAGAAAUCCUUGUGUAACUUUUCCUCUGAAGUCCCAGACUUUGUUCUACAACGUUCAGCUAACAGCUGAUUUUUCCACAAAGCAUAUAUAUCCAUCCGUUGUAAGCAGUGGCAUGAGAUUAACCCCUUUAAAUGAGUGGAGUUAUGGAGUUCAUCAAAGAUUUUCAGAUGCGUACGAAGGCUACAUUGAUUUCAAGAACUCCUCAGGACAAGCACUUACCUCUGCAGUCUUAAGGGGCCGUUGCUAUGAUAGAGAUCCUCCAUAUUUUCCCUAAGGAUGUAAUAUUUAGUCAACAAAUGUACUAGAGAAUUAGUUGAAAAGUAAAUAAUUAAAAGAAAAAUUUAGAAAUAAACAUAUAUAUUAAUAAAAAAACAUUUCUUCUUAUUAUUCUUUAUUUAGAUGUGCAACUGAUUACCCAAAUGAUGCCUGCUUUUAUAAAAUAAAGUAAAUAAAUGUUUCUUAAAUAA